AUGGAGGAGGUGGUGGUGCUGAUAGUGGGAGCUGGCCCUUCAGGCCUAGCGGUCUCCAAUUGUUUAUCUCACCUAUCAAUUCGAAACAUAGUUCUAAAGAGAGAAGACUAUUGUGUCUCGCUGUGGAGAAAGAGAUCAUAUGAUCGCUUGAACCUUCAUCUUGCUAGGGAAUUUUGUUCACUGCCCUACAUGCCCCAUGUAUCGUCGUCCUCCACCUUCAUGUCCAGAAAAUCCUUCCUCGAGUACAUCGACUCUUACAUCUCUAGGUUUGGCAUUGAGCCCCGAUACUGUCGUUUCGUCGAAGAGGGCUCGUACCUCGAGAACGAGAGGAAGUGGAGGGUCGAAGCUAGGAACACAUCAACCCAAGAGAAGGAGGUCUAUAUGGUCCAGUUCUUGGUUGUGGCAACAGGUGAAAAUGGCCAGGGUUUUAUCCCUGAAUUGCCCGGGUUGGAUGGUUUUGAAGGGAAGAUCAUCCAUUCGAGCGAGUAUAAAUCCGGAAAAGAUUAUGAGAAUAAAGUAGUUUUAGUAGUUGGAUGUGGAGAUUCGGGGAUGGAGAUUAGCUAUGAUCUAUCAAACUUCGGUGCUCAUACUUCAAUUGUGAUUAGGAACCCACUUCAUGAGCUCAACAAGGAGAUGGUUUAUGUCGGAAUGCUAUUAUCCAAUGUCCCGAUGACGGUCGCCGAUCCCGUGAUGACAUUUCUUAGGAAGCUCUGGUAUGGUGAUCUGACUAGUGAGGAUUAA